AUGGGUAUUACCAGUGGCGUCACUAGGCAGGUCACUAGAUGGGAGAAAAUGAAAGAAUUGCUUGGAAUUACAUUGAAGAGAGAAUGUCCAACACGCUGGAGUGCAAGACAAGAUGCGGUGAAUGCAAUCCACGAACAGUUUGAUGGAUUUUUACAGCUGUUAGAAAACCUGUAUGAAGAUGGUACUCAAACUAGUGAGACUCAGAAUGAUGCAUACAGUUUGCUUCAAAAUGUGAUGAAUUUCAAUUUCAUCAGUCUACUUGAUUUCUGGCAUGCAGUUUUUUCAAAAAUUGACCGGAUUCAAAAACGACUGCAAGAUCCAUCAAUGAAUUUCCAUGACGCAGCACUGGAUUUAGAAGGACUGCAGCAACGGCUAAGUAGCAUUCGAGAAGAUGUUUGCAUCACUGCAGUCAAUGCAGCUAAAGUUCUGUGUGAAAAAUUGGGAAUUAGGAUAGAAGGAAGAAUUAAACGUCGAAAACAGAUGCCUGGUGAAAAUGCUGGUGAUGCAGGACUCGCUGCGGUUGAAGAAAUAACUCGCAUUAUGAAAUCAGUUAUUGAUAGACUAAUCCAGGAGAUGACAACACGAUUUGGUCGUCUGAAGACGUUAGAUGAAAAGUUUGGAUUUCUAUUCAACAUCAGCAAAUUGUUUGCUAAUGAUACCUCUAAUGAUAUUCAACAGCACUGUGCUACGCUGGCUGACUUUUAUAAAACUGAUAUCGAUGGAACUGAACUGUUCGUAGAAAUCAGUGACUGCAGUAUGUUGCUGAAAACCCGGCCAGAUGCUACCCCAAGCAGCCCAUUAGAAUUACUUUCAUUUAUUAUUUCAUAUGGCAAUGACAUAUUUCCAAACUUGCGAAUUGCUUUGCAAAUUAUGCUGACAAUCUCUGUGUCAGUUGCUAGCUGUGAGCGUUCUUUUAGUAAACUAAAAAUCAUUUUAACUUAUUUGAGAGCUUCAAUGGGUCGGGAGCGUCUGUCAGACUUGGUAUUGCUAAGCAUAGAAAAGGAGCUGGUCGAAACAAUUAAUUUUGAUGAUGUCAUUGACAACUUUGCUAGUGCAAGAUCACGAAAAGUAGUUCUAUAA